CCGAGGGCUGGCGCGGAGACGCGCCGGCGGCGGGGAAGUUGGCUGCAGUGGGGAAGCGGGGCUGCGGACUGGCGCUGUGGGGACGGCUGCGCGGGGAUCUGGGUGCCUCGGGAGGGAAGUGGCGGCCCCGGGAGGCCCUGGCUGAGAGAGGUUUGGGGCCACCGAGACCCCUAGGGGUCGCGGAGUGUCGGCGAGCUGUGGAGCGAGAAGCCUGGCCGCCCGCGGACCGACUCCGGGUCGGCAACGCCCACACCUGGCGUCCGCGGGAGGCGCCGAACUUGGCGGCCCCGAAGGAGCCCCAGCGGUCGGAGGAAACCGAGACCCAAAGAGGAGAAAAAAUCCACAAUACAUACUUCUGGGGAUUUUCCAUAUUGAUGGAAGAAAAUGUUCAGGAUACCAAAGUGAAUCCCAUUGAAGCCACGUGGGAGAGAUGAGAAGAGGCUAAAUACAGCCAUAUAAAAAACAACCAUCAAACUAGAAAGCACCUUCAGGCUUAACAUCAACAAGAAAGAGAGCAUGAGCAGGGGGAGUGGCAGAGGAAGAAGGAGAAGCAGACUCCCUGCUAAGGAGGGAGCCAGAGGUGGGGCUUGAUGCCAGGACCCUGGGAUGAUGACCUGAGCUGAAAGCUGACACUUAACCUACUGAGCCACCCAGGCGCCCCGUUUUUAUUUCUUAAUACUAUUGGAGAGUACUUGUUUUUUUACUUAAACCAGACCUUUCAUCACGAUUGCCAAAUACACACCUGGUCUGGGGGUCAGUGAAGCAUUAGUGAGGAUCUAUGCAAGGUACAGAGGUUGGAGGAAACUCCAUGGCUGCUUUGCACCAAGGAGGCGAGCUAGCAGGAGAGAAUGGUUUAUAGAAUGAGCAGGUGUGCCACAGAAAGGGGAGAGAAUCUGAGACAGCAGACGCAUGAAUCUUAAGAGAGGAAGGCCACAAGUGAACCGUCUGCCUCAGCUUUGGGGCCCAGGCCAAACCCUUCUCGGGCCGCCACCACCAAUGGCUACCUCCACCUUCUCUGGCUACCUCCACCAAUGCUGAUCCCUCUGAGGCCACUCUUUGCUCAGAGCUCCUCACUGGGCUGGCAGAGACUUUUUCAGGAUAUGAAUUCAACCUGUGGAAAAGCUGAAAGAAUCAUCAUUAGUAACGGUACAGCUGACAUCAUACGGCUCCUGAUGUGACACAUAGAGAAGGACACAACAUUGUCUAUGUGCAGGUACUGCCAACAUGUUUCACCUGAAUCUAAUCUUGAGGAAACAAUCAGGCAAGCACACGUUUAAGGACACCCUGCACAGGAGCUGGCCUGCACUCUUCAAAGGCAUCGGAAUGACAGAAAGGCUGAGGAGCUCUUGAAGAUUGAUGGAGACUAAAGAGACAGGUCAAUGAAAUGCAAUGCGUGGACCUCGCCUGGGUUUUGGAUCAGGAGGAAAAGCAGCUGUAGAGGACAUUGUUGAGACAAACAGAAAGAAACAAUCCAGGGAAUAUAAAAGGAAUAUGAAAAGAUCAUUUGAGUAUUACCUUUGGGAACUUGUUGCUAUAUCUAUGAAGCUGAAGAGUUUUAACUGGAAAUGGAACAGGUUGUUCUUCCAAAAAAAAAUGGUUAUCUCUUUGAACUCAUGCCUGAGCUUUAUCUGUUUCUCGUUAUGCCUCUGGAGCAGGACAGCAUCAUCCCUGAAUCUUGAAGACCCUAAUGUGUGCAGCCACUGGGAAAGCUACUCAGUGACUGUGCAAGAGUCAUACCCACAUCCCUUCGAUCAAAUCUACUACACCAGCUGCACUGACAUUCUGAACUGGUUUAAAUGCACACGGCACAGAAUCAGUUAUCGGACAGCCUAUCGGCAUGGGGAGAAGACUAUGUAUAGACGCAAAUCCCAGUGUUGUCCUGGAUUUUAUGAAAGCAGGGAAAUGUGUGUCCCCCACUGUGCUGAUAAAUGUGUCCACGGUCGCUGCAUUGCUCCAAACACCUGUCAGUGUGAGCCUGGCUGGGGUGGGAUCAACUGCUCCAGUGCCUGUGAUGGUGAUCACUGGGGACCCCACUGCAGCAGCCGAUGCCAAUGCAAAAAUGGGGCUCUGUGCAACCCCAUCACGGGGGCUUGCCACUGCGCCGCAGGCUUCCGGGGCUGGCGUUGCGAGGACCGCUGUGAGCAGGGCACCUACGGUAAUGACUGUCACCAGAGAUGCCAGUGUCAGAAUGGAGCCACCUGCGACCACAUCACGGGGGGAUGCCGCUGUCCACCAGGCUACACUGGAGCCUUCUGUGAGGAUCUUUGUCCCCCUGGCAAGCAUGGUCCACAGUGCGAGCAGAGAUGUCCCUGUCAAAAUGGAGGAGUCUGUCAUCACGUCACUGGAGAAUGCUCUUGUCCUGCCGGCUGGCUGGGCACAGUGUGUGGUCAGCCUUGCCCCGAGGGUCGCUUCGGAAAGAACUGUUCACAAGAAUGUCAGUGCCAUAAUGGAGGGACGUGUGAUGCUGCCACAGGCCAAUGUCACUGCAGUCCCGGAUACACAGGGGAACGGUGCCAGGACGAGUGUCGUGUUGGCACAUACGGAGUUCGCUGUGCUGAGACCUGCCAGUGUGUCAACGGAGGGAAAUGCUAUCAUGUGAGCGGCUCAUGCCUCUGCGAAGCGGGUUUUGCUGGUGAGCACUGUGAGGCACGCCUGUGUCCAGAAGGGCUCUACGGCAUCAGAUGUGACAAGCGGUGUCCCUGCCACCUGGACAACACUCAUAGCUGUCACCCCAUGUCUGGAGAGUGUGCCUGCAAGCCGGGCUGGUCAGGACUCUACUGCAAUGAGACAUGUUCUCCUGGAUUCUUCGGGGAAGCUUGCCAACAGAUCUGCAGCUGCCAAAACGGGGCUGACUGUGACAGUGUGACCGGGGAGUGCACCUGUGCCCCAGGAUUCAAAGGAAUUGACUGCUCUAUCCCGUGCCCGCUGGGAACCUAUGGAAUAAACUGCUCCUCUCUCUGUGGCUGUAAGAACGACGCUGUCUGCUCACCUGUAGAUGGGUCUUGUACUUGCAAGCCAGGCUGGCACGGGGUGGACUGCUCCAUCAGCUGCCCCAGCGGCACUUGGGGCUUUAGCUGUAACCUGACCUGCCAGUGUCUCAACGGGGGAGCCUGCAACACCCAGGACGGGACCUGCACGUGCGCACCCGGGUGGCGCGGGGAGAAGUGUGAGCUCCCCUGCCAGGAUGGCACGUAUGGGCUGAACUGUGCGGAGCGCUGUGACUGUAGCCACGCUGAUGGCUGUCACCCCACGACAGGCCACUGCCGCUGCCUCCCGGGAUGGUCAGGCAUCCACUGUGACAGCGUGUGUGCUGAGGGGCGCUGGGGCCCCAACUGCUCUCUGCCCUGCUACUGUAAAAACGGGGCUUCGUGCUCCCCGGACGACGGCAUCUGUGAGUGUGCGCCAGGGUUCCGAGGCACCACUUGUCAGAGAAUCUGCUCCCCUGGUUUCUAUGGGCAUCGCUGCAGCCAGACGUGCCCACAAUGUGUGCAUAGCAGUGGGCCCUGCCACCACAUCACGGGCCUGUGUGACUGCCUACCUGGCUUCACAGGUGCCCUCUGCAAUGAAGUGUGUCCCAGUGGCAGAUUUGGGAAAAACUGCGCAGGAGUUUGUACCUGUACCAACAAUGGAACCUGUAACCCCAUUGACCGAUCUUGUCAGUGUUACCCGGGUUGGAUCGGCAGUGACUGCUCUCAACCUUGUCCACCUGCGCACUGGGGCCCGAACUGCAUCCACACAUGCAACUGCCACAACGGAGCUUUCUGCAGCGCCUACGACGGGGAAUGUAAAUGCACUCCCGGCUGGACGGGGCUCUACUGCACUCAGAGAUGUCCUCUGGGGUUUUAUGGAAAGGAUUGUGCAUUGAUAUGUCACUGUCAAAAUGGAGCCGACUGUGACCACAUCUCGGGACAGUGCACGUGCCGCACCGGCUUCAUGGGGAAGCACUGCGAACAGAAGUGCCCUGCAGGAACGUAUGGCUAUGGCUGUCGCCAGAUAUGUGACUGUCUGAACAACUCCACCUGUGACCACAUCACCGGCACCUGUUACUGCAGCCCAGGCUGGAAGGGGGCACGAUGCGAUCAAGCCAGUGUCAUCAUAGUUGGAAAUCUGAACAGCUUAAGCAGGACCAGUACGGCUCUCCCGGCUGAUUCCUACCAGAUCGGCGCGAUCGUGGGCAUCAUCAUUCUUGUCCUGGUGGUUCUCUUCCUGCUGGCCUUGUUCAUUAUUUAUAGACAAAAGCAGAAGGGAAAGGAAUCGAGCAUGCCAGCAGUAACCUACACCCCUGCUCUGAGGGUCAUGAAUGCAGACUAUGCCAUUUCAGAAACCCUUCCCCACAGCAACGGGGGAAGUGCGAACAGCCAUUACUUCACCAACCCCAGUUACCACACGCUUACCCAGUGCGCCACAUCCCCUCAUGUCAACAACAGGGACAGGAUGACCAUCGCCAAGUCGAAGAACAAUCAGCUGUUUGUGAAUCUGAAAAAUGUGAAUCCUGGGAAAAGAGGCCCAGUGGCAGACUGCACGGGAACACUGCCGGCGGACUGGAAACAUGGUGGCUACCUCAAUGAGCUUGGAGCUUUUGGACUUGACAGAAGUUAUAUGGGAAAAUCCUUGAAAGAUUUGGGCAAGAAUUCUGAAUAUAAUUCAAGUAACUGCUCCCUAAGCAGUUCUGAAAAUCCAUAUGCCACUAUUAAAGACCCACCUGUACUUAUCCCGAAAAACUCAGAGUGUGGCUAUGUGGAGAUGAAGUCGCCAGCACGGAGAGAUUCCCCCUAUGCAGAGAUCAAUAACUCAACUUCAGCCAACAAGAAUGUCUAUGAAGUUGAACCUACAGUGAGUGUUGUCCAAGGAAUAUUCAGCAAUAAUGGGCAUCUCACCCAGGAUCCAUACGACCUCCCAAAGAACAGUCACAUCCCUUGCCAUUAUGACCUGCUGCCAGUCCGAGACAGUUCCUCCUCCCCCAAGCGAGAGGACAGUGGCAGCAGCAGCAGCAUCAGCAGCGAAUGACACCAAAGGACGGCUCGGUAGCCGCUGGAACAGUUUCCAGAACUGCACUUCGGUUCUUCUCCAUCCUCAAGUUUGCCACCUUAGGUGAAUGUUAAUCUACUUGGUAGGCAACUGUCGGACAUGAACCAGAAAGCUCAAAGCUGAGGCUGACUGACCGUAGGUCCUCCUUAUACAGGUGGCUCAGAAGGAGAUAUCAAUGUGACUUCCUCUUCUUCUUAGUUUUAGAACUGCACUCGUGAAGCGCAAAUUCCUAUAAAAUCUGGGCUAAAAGCAUGAACGUGCAGAGGUCCUUGGGAGGGAGUCAUGGGGUGCGGUGGCCGUUGGCAGUAUGGUUUGAACGAUGACAAUUUCAAUAUUUUCUUUCUCAUUUGCAUUGCAGAGCUGUACCAAGGAUUGUGCAGUUUGUCGUAAAAUCUAGUGUGAAUCACUAAGCGUGUAGAAGAGAAGGGGCAUAUUAUCGAGUCCUUAUGUUUAUUUUUUUUCAGCUGGACUCAGAAUUAUAGGGAUAAUAUGAACCCAGGAAGAAAUGUUCUGUCAAGUGGCAUACCUGGAGAGACUUUGAGUAAACUCUAGAAUUGGUUAGCACAUUUAAAUAUGAAGACUUUAGACCUGUUUUAGGAUGAAGAAAUGAAAAAUUAGAAUUAUUUUAGAAAUAGUAUAAUUAUUUCAGGAAUCAGUAUACAGGUGUGGCUGGCAGAGGGUUGUCUUCUUCGACCCUUGGCCCACUUUUGAUCCAUGAGGUCAUUCUGAUCACUGUCCCCAUCGUACAUAUUCACCACUUAAGGUCCAUAACAUAUCAAUAAUUAUUUCAUAAAUAUGGAAAUGAAAUAGUUUUAUUUUUGAGAGACUGGAUUGAACAAGUGUAUAAUGAUUGGAAAAGGUUGUAAAUUUUAAGUGUAAGAAGAUGCUUCGGUUUUGUAAACCAUUAGUAACUCAUACUGUAAUAUAGAAUUAGUAGAAAGUUUUGAUUAAUUUUUCCUUAGAAGUGACUGGAAUAUUUUUGUGCAUAUUUGAGAAAAGGGCACUUUCCUUUUAUUAAUUGUUGAUUUAUGCUUAAGCUGGUCUUUUGCAUUGCUAAUAUGACAUGUACCCCAUUUUUCAUUAAUUUGUAUUUCCAUUUUUAAGUUGUAUAUUCUAUGUUUUGUAGUGCUUGGAUUGUUAAUGAAAAAAAUUAUAUUAUAUGUCCAUUGGUUCUUGUAUUAUUGCCACUUAUCUUUUUGCUUGAUAAAAAUGCAUUGUUCUUUUUUUCUUUUGGAGGGAGGAGACGUAAGUAUAUAAAUCAAACCUAUUAAAAAUCGGUCAUUACUUAAAUAGUAAAGUAACCAUAGAUGAAUGGCUUAUAAUUGAACUAGAGAAGCUUUUUAAUAUUCCAAAAUGGAGCUCCUUUUGAUCUGUGGGUUCUGAGUCUUGGCUAAGCCAGGGGGUUAGGGGAGGCAGGAGCUGUUGGUUAUUGAGCAAGUACUGGUCUUAAUGAAGACCUUCACUGGGAUGAUCCCACAACUGAUCAUCCAAACUGGGACACUUUUGAGUGUAAAUGAGGGCAUUAUUAAUAUUUAACCUGCAAUGGGCUUAAAUCUGGACUGUCCCAAGCAAACCAGAAUGGAUACUCAACCUGUGCACACCUGUCACGCAGUAACAUUUUUCAUUUCAAGGUGGUUGUCUCGAGAAUGCCAACCUGAUGCAAAAAAGCCAGCUUCUCUUUGACUUACCUGAGUAAGCAGAAGGGCUGAAAGGCUGCAUGAGGAAGCAACUUCAUGAGCGGAAACUGUGGCUGUGAAUCUUUAAAGACAGGAAACCCUAUAUGGUGUCUCAGUGAAUCAGUUGACAUAUAUGUAUUGUGCACCCAUUCUGCCGGUAAUAUACAUACAUAAGGCAUUGUCCCUGCCAGUUAUCAAGUUGCGGUAUCCAAUGAGUUCACAUCACACACCUGCCCCUGUGGUGGUGAUUUGAUCAGGGAGAUGAUAGAACAAACACACCUCGAACAUUCACUCCUUUGAUGGUUGUUUCUUAUUGAGAACCCCAAAGUUAAUUCAAGGACAUAUGAAAUUACCUGGAACACAUCUUAGAAACAAUUGAUUCAUUCCAACAGUUAUCCUUUCGCUGACCCUUGGCUCAGGGGGUGGGUAGGCAUCUAACUGAGACACUUGUGGGUCACUAGCCACGAAAAGUCCUUUCUGGUAAGAAAAAAAGUCUUUUUCCCCUUCUCGUUUAAGCAUCAUCUCUUUACUGUUCCAUGAUACAUUUGAGUCUCCCCAUAAUGUCCUCGAUAGAGUUAAAAAAAAAAAAUUUUUUUUUCUCAUUACACUACAAAAAAAACCCCAAAAAACAAAAACACUAAAACCCUGAAAGCUUCCUGUGCAAAGACAAGAGCAUCUCAAGCAGAAAGCCUGAGCAGCAGAUGUGGACUCCGAACGGGCACUGAUAUCGCUUCCUGUGCAUUCUCUCUGGUAGACCAGUUGCUCGGGAUUGAUGCUGUCCUGACACCACAUUUGUAUCAGAGGUGAGUUUUGCUCACCAGAGUUCACUCAAGAUUUUUCAAACACCAGAACCCAUAUAGCAUUUUGGAUAUUGUAAAAAUGACAUAGUGUAUUUGGAGAGGUACAGUUGAGAAGUCAAAGCUUCCUAGAUAUUUUGAUCUAGGUUUGGGUAAAGAGAGAACUUCAUUUGUCGAAAUGAAAAUUAAAAGACAAAAGGACCUGGCAAGUUUUUUUUCCCCCCUGAAAUUGCCACCUUUGGACCCUUCCAGAUAUAUCUAAUGUAAUUUAAUGGUGAGGUAAUUCUUUAUACACCGUGACUCUAUUCUCUUGACCUUUGAGCUCAUUCAUUGGGACCCUAAAAUUAAUUUCUUCCUCAUAUCCUACAGUGGUCAGAGCAGUGAAUGAGCUUGGCAAUACCAAGGAAAAGCCAUUCAUGUAGGAAUGUCAGCCAAACUCUUCUUUCCCUAGAGGAUGGUAUGUCAGAAAAUUUAUAAACUAUUUUUAUUUAUCUAUAAAUACAUCAAAAGUGGCCCAGCUAGGGCACCUGGGUGGCUCAGAUGGUUAAGCGUCUGCCUUCGGCUCAGGUCAUGAUCCCAGGGUCCUGGGAUCGAGUCCCACAUCGGGCUCCCUGCUCCUUGGGAGCCUGUUUCUCCCUCUGCUUCUCUCUAUCUCUCUCUCUCUGUCUCUCGUGAAUAAAUAAAUAAAAUCUUUAAAAAAAAAAAAAGUGGCCCAGCUAAUAGCUUAUGUACUUGCUGUAAUUUGGAGAAUAUGUUAUUUAUAGUGAAUUAUAUGAUAAGGAAUAUUUCAUAAUUAUUUACAAUGCUUGAUAUAAAUUCCUCUCACAUGCUACAGUCGUUAUGCCAAGAGAGCAUGUAAUAUGUUUAGCAUUAUCUCUAUGGUAAAUUAUAUUCACCAAUUUUAGGAAAGCCAAUGUAGAAUUUUGUAAGAUAGUUAUAACCUGUCCCAACCAAUUCUGUUAGCACAACCACUGUGUGCUGUGAGAAAUGCAAACCACCUUAUGAAAAUGUGGUCCAUCCAAAGAGCUACAGAAGUACUUCACAAUUAUUGGGGGGUUUUAAACCAUAAAUACUGAAAAAGUUGCACGGGAGCAUUACACUACUAACUCAUGUCAACAUUAGAAGUCCAGUUACCACUUAGAAUAAGAUGAAGUCAUAAAAAUUGCAUUUUAAGGUUAUGUUUUUUAAAAUAACAAAUCUCCUAUCUUCGGGUAAUGUCUUUAUUAUCCAACUCAGUAUUUAAUAGAUAUUUUGAUCUUAAAGGCUUUACGUCAUUGAAGUGUAUACAGAUGUGCCCGUGUGAGUCACAUGGUGUGGAUGAGUGCUUAUUUCUUCACUAAAGAUGUACGGCAAACGAGCCUUCUAGGGUCCUCUGACUAGUGGUGACCUAACACCAGGUCUGCUUGUUUUCAUUCAGUAUUUAAUCCAGGAUCCUUUUGAUAUGAGCAAAUUGCAACAUAUAUUUUUAAAAGGAAAAAAAAAACCAAAUACGUUAGAAUUUUCCUGAUUGUAGCAAAUACAAAAAUGCUUUCAGUGUGAAAAUAUCUCUAUUUUCCAAAGAUGGUAAACUUCGGUCAGUAUUAGCUUACAUUGUCAUUUAUAUCACCAAAUGAGGAUAGAUUAAUGCAAUAAACUUUCUAAUAAAAAAACCUUUAAAGUAGUGUUUAUUUCUAUGUCUGAUUCCAUUGUUAAUUAAUGAGAAGCGAAAACCUUAUGAUCUUACUGGAA